AUUUCUAAGUUCCCCACUACUGCCUGGACUACACAUCCUCACAAUCUUCUGAUUAAUCCACUCUAAUCACAGGUUAGGGGAAUCAGUGUCAGAGAUGAAGCUCCUGCCCAUUCUUCUACUCUGCUGUCAUUGUCUCCUAGGCUCUGCCAUCGUUAUUGAUGCCGACUGUAAUGACCAAACUGUGUUCAAUGCGGUAGACGAGGCUCUGAAGUCCUUCAAUAAUGAAAAAGAAGAUGGGAACCAGUUUAUUUUAUACAGAAUUACAGACGCCAAAAUAAAGAAUGAAGGAGAUGGUCAAAUUCAUCAUUUUGUUGAGUAUGAAACAUAUGAAAGUUCCUGUGAAGUGAAGAGUGGCAAAUCAUGGCAGGAAUGUGCUCCAACUUAUGCAAAUCAAGCUAAGUGUUCAGCACAUGUUCUAUUCAACAAAGAUCUGAAACUCAGAGGUGUGGAGUCUCAAAAUUGCAGCAGUCCUAAAGAGAUGCCUGGGACAGCGGUUCACUACCCGUGCCCUGGAUGUCCCCAGUCCAUAGAUAAAGAAAAUAAGCAGCUGCUGUGUUUCAUUCAUUCAAGUAUAGAGAAAAUAAACACGGAUGCAAAUCAUCCAUUCUACUUCGAUUUGGAGUCUAUUGUGAAUGCCACACGCCAGGCAAAUAAUGGAUGGCAAUAUGACAUCCAAUUUCUUAUAAGGCAAACAAACUGCUCAAAAAUGUAUUUCACAAGCAAAAAUGCUAAGGAAUGCAAAAUAGACAAUGAAGGGGAAUCCUUUCCAUGCACUGCCCUGGUGUCCUUGACUUCAGAUGGAAAUGUUUAUUAUUAUUUUGUGAAGUGCAACAAAUCAGACACUGGGGUCUGUUUGAAUUGCCCAGUGGUGGUAGAGCCUGAGGAUCCUGAAUUACUGACAUUAUUAGCCCAAGUCAUGGAUGAAUACAACUUCAACAGCGAUCACAAGGAACUUUAUAAGGUCAGCUUUGUUGAACCAGCUACUAAAAAGGGUUUUCAUAGAGAGUUAUACGAGGUAAAUUUUAGAAUAAAACCAACCAACUGUUCCAAGCCUGACUAUACCAUUUUGGGAGAUGAAUGUCACAUUCAAGCGUCUCCUAGCCUGCAUUGUAGAACUCAGAUAAACGUAACAGAUAAGACCGUCAGUGUUCAUUCAGGACUUCGGUGUGGGCCAACGGCGCCGAUGCUUUCUUUACGUUAUGGUUAUAGUGGCCUGUCCCCUCUACGCUUUAGUAGCAACAUUAAGCACAAAAUAAAUGAGAGUAACAGCCUGUCAAAAUCCAUCAAUCUUGUUGAAAGAACCGAUCAAGCAAGACAAAGGGGACAUGGGGAUAAUAGAAAAGAACAGAAACAAGACAAAAAAGGGAUAAAACACAAUAAAGAAAAGAGUGGGCAGAAAUAUCCACAUCAAGACUCUUUAGAAGAAAACAACAAAAACAAAGUCACUCCUGCUCCUCCUCUGCACCUAACUAAACCAGCCAUUCAAAUGCCUGCUGUCCUUAAAGUACCUGAUGUGUCCAACAGUCAGGAAACUUCACCAAAUACUAAUAAAACAUCUGUGCUAGAUUUUCCAGGACGUCCCACUGAUGUUGUCCCAAGAUGUCCUGGAACAGUGUGGCAGCCAAAAAGCCUGAUUCCUACAGCUAAAACAUAUAGCAAUGGUGAUUUAACUCCACCAAAUCAAGUUAUACAAAAAAAUUAGCUCAGCACCUCAGAUUAAAACCCAUUGUUUUAAUGAUGAAAAUAAAAAAAUGAGUUAAAUAAAAAAAACAAUUAAUGUUUCAACAUGCAUGCAAGCAGAAAUGUUAUCUGUAUUACUGUCACUUUUAUAGUUUGAAAAUAUGCUUACAAAAGUAAAGUUUGCUUAUUGCGUACCA